AUGAUUAUAAUAUUUCUUUUUCUUCAGAUUCGUCAAAAAUCAAUUCAAGACCAUGUUCAAUCGUUGUUAGUUAAACAUUUACAAUUACUUGCUGAUUUUGUUUCAACAUUCAUAAUUAACAAUUUAAAUGAUAAGACUUCACAAAAUAAGUCUAUUAAUAAAGAUAGAAAUGAAGAUUUAUGUCGGGAACAAGAAUCUCUUAAAAAAGAUAUGUCAUAUCAUUUUAAUCCUUUCGAUGGCAAAUGUAUGCAAUAUUUAUUUGACAAAUCAGAAUUAUUAGCAUCAUUCACACACUGUCAUGGUACUUAUUCAUGGUGCAUUGAUGACAUUGACCAAUUAUAUCGCGAAGCAAAACAAGCUACUUUUAGAGUGCAAAAGAUACAAUCUUCUCCAUUUUAUACAUCACGAUAUGGAUAUAAAUUCGGAUUGGAAUUAUUUUUAAAUGGUGAUUUAGAUGGAUUUAAUAAAUCUGUAUCGUUAUAUAUUACAGUAAUGAAAGGAAACUACGAUCCAUUACUUAAUUGGCCAUUUCGGUAUAGUAUUAUUAUUUGUUUAUACGACAUGAGUGAGCAGCGCCAUCAUGUUAUUCAUACGAUAACACCAACAGAAUAUGAUGAAUGCUUUAAACAACCACAAACAGAUACAAAUCCAUAUGUAAAAAUAACAAAUUUUUGUUCAUUAGAAUUAGUAUUUGGUAAACAAUAUGCGUAUGUUAAAAAUGAUAAAAUGUUUAUUAAAAUAUUUAUAAACUUCGAAGACUAUAAUGAAAAUGCUAUAAAAAAAUGGAUUGAAAUUCAAUCAAAUGGUUAUCCAGUAAACAAGGAACUUACAAUACUUGAAGCUUCACAGAAACAAAAAUAA